CUACUUCCCUUCGCAUUGUCUUCUUCUCUUGCUGCUAAGAGACACUGAGCGUGAAAGAGGGAGAGGCGACGGCCAUGGCGUCGGUGCAGUCGGUACAAUGCUUCGGGAGGAAGAAGACGGCGGUGGCGGUGACGUACUGCAAGGCCGGGAGGGGCCUGAUCAAGAUCAACGGCUGCCCGAUCGAGCUGGUCCAGCCGGAGAUCCUCCGUUACAAGGCCUUCGAGCCCAUCCUCCUGCUUGGGCGCUCCCGGUUUGCCGGGGUUGAUAUGCGCAUCCGCGUCCGCGGCGGAGGGCACACCUCUCAGAUCUAUGCCAUUCGCCAGAGCAUCGCCAAGGCGCUCGUUGCUUACUACCAGAAGUUCGUUGAUGAGCAGUCGAAGCAGGAGAUCAAGGACAUCCUCGUCCGCUACGACAGGACGCUACUCGUCGCCGAUCCUCGCCGCUGCGAGCCGAAAAAGUUCGGCGGUCGCGGUGCCCGCGCCAGAUUCCAGAAGUCUUACCGUUGAUCCGUUCUUCUUCUUUUUCGGGAGUCGCGAUGAUGAGGCGGAUGAGGAGAAUGAUGGGUUUUGAUUAUCCGUUGUUGGUUAGGUCGACUUUAGUUUUGGUUAUUGCGCGUUAAUCUUCUGGAUGUUCAAAAGUUUAAUUUUGUCUUUCUUCUUCGUUUCCUAUUCUUGUGUUGUGAAACUUUGGAUGGGUUUUGGUGCUUUACUUUAACAUGGAACCAGCGAGAUCAUGAAAAAGGUGCAGAGGUAGUGCAAUUUUUAUUUGUUCCUAAAA